AUGGCCAGCUCAGGAAGUGACAACGAGUUUGACGAACAGCUCACGCACUACGGUCACUCGUUUACGAUCCAGGGAUUACAAGAGGACCACGUUCCCGGACAUCUCCUUGGAAGAUUAAAUGCGAGAAUUCAAGGGUCAGGUCCUGGAACGUUCGCCAAUCUGGCCCACAUCCUCGAGGCUGCUGACCCGAACGGUCUUGAUGUGCUAUGUACUUCAGAUCCUGAAAAUAUGCAGCACAACAAAGCUACAGAGAAGCUCAUUCAGUUUGUACAAAGCAACUUCGACAAGAGCGCCUCUUCCGUCUGUUUCAUUGAGAGAGCGCUGAAGGCAUUAGCUGAUAAAGUCAUUGGCAAGCUGCCCUCUGGACCGGGCGAGAAGAAAAGGCGGAUAACCUGGGGAAAGAAUGAUAAAUCUCGCCCGAUCAGCAUCUACAUCUUGACAAGUGAGGUCUGGAACUCCCUGAAGGAGCUAGAGAAGGCACUUGUGGCGCAGAACGACCUAUUCGUCAACUCAUCACAGAGCUCCAGAGCCGUAACCUUCACAAGAGCCAGGUGGCUAUCCAGUUCAUCCGCUUUGGGAACCAUCCGACUGGGAUAA